AUGUCAGAAAGAAAUUAUUCUCUGGUGACAGAUUUCGUUCUCUUGGGACUUACAGAUCAACCAUGGCUGCAGGUCCUCCUCUUCAUUGUGUUCUUCAUGGUCUACCUCAUCACUAUGGUGGGCAACCUUGGACUGAUGGCUCUUAUUUGGAAGGACCCCCACCUUCACACACCCAUGUACUUAUUCCUUGGUGGUUUAGCCUUUGCAGAUGCUUGUACUUCAACCUCUGUAACCCCUAGGAUGCUGGUCAAUUUCUUAGACAUGACUGCAGUGAUAUCCCUAGCUGAGUGCAUCACCCAAUUUUACUUUUUUGCUUCCAGUGCAACUACAGAGUGCUUCCUCCUGGUAGUGAUGGCCUAUGACCGCUAUGUAGCCAUAUGUAACCCCUUACUUUAUCCAGUGGUGAUGUCCAACAGACUCUGCACUCAGUUGAUAAGUAUUUCAUAUGCAAUUGGUUUUCUGCAUCCCCUGGUUCAUGUGAGUUUGCUAUAAAGAUUAACUUUUUGCAGGUCAAACAUAAUACAUUACUUCUACUGUGAAAUUUUACAACUGUUCAAAAUUUCAUGCAGUGACCCAUCUAUCAAUGCACUGAUGAUACUUAUUUUUGCAGCUUUUAUACAAAUAUCCACUUUAAUGACUAUCAUAAUCUCUUAUAGUCGUGUGCUCUUUGAUACUAAAAAAAAGUCUGAAAAGGGCAGAAGCAAAGCCUUCUCCACAUGCAGUGCCCAUCUGCUCUCUGUCUCCUUGUACUAUGGAACUCUCAUCUUCAUGUACGUGCAUCCUGCAUCUGGGCUACCUGAAGAUCAGGACAAAAUGUAUUCUCUGUUUUACACAAUUAUAAUCCCACUGCUGAACCCAUUUAUUUACAGCUUGAGAAAUAAUGAAGUUAUAAGUGCCUUGAGAAGAGUUACAAAGAAGUAA